CAAUGAUUCGAUUCAUUAACCCUGGUGAACCAGUAACAGACCAGUUCUGCUCCUGAUGCUCUCCUUUUCCAGACAUCCAGCAGGUAGAUGUUUCGAUUUCAGUCCCUGGACGAUGACUGUACGCUGGAGGAGGAAGAGGAGGCUSUGGUAGAGGAGGAAGAUGACAUCGAUCAGUUUAAUGAUGACACGUUUGGAGCCGGGGCCAUCGACGACGACUGGCAGGAGGAGCACAAACGCCUCGCUGAGCUGGAUGAGCGCGAUGGGUUGGGGGCGGGGCUUGGAUCAGGAGGAGAGGAGCACCCGACCUCCUCGGACCAACCUCCCCUCCAGUCCUCCCUACUGCCCUUCAGCUUCUCCUCCUCUGCCUCUGGACCACCGCCUCCAGAUGAGCGAGCAGGAGAACGAGGUUUGGCCGAGUCUUUGGCCCGACUCAUCCUGGAGGCGGACCCGGCCAUCGCUGGGGUCGGAGCCGCUGAGAGGCCCGGUCCAUCUCCUCUGCGUGGACUGGACCCUCCCCCAGUCCAGCCGCAGUCCUCGUCUAUCCCUCAGCAGAAGCAGCUGUCUGGACCCUCCUCCUCAGGCCCCCCUCCCUCCAUGCUCAGCUACCAGCAGCACCUGCUGCACAGAGGCCCGGCUCCAGUGGCUCAGGUGAACUCUCACAGGAUCUGGGACAACAACAUGGGCUUUGGCCCGGUCAGCGUCUCUCCUGGACUCUCCACACACAUGGAGGACAGUCCCCUCGUGUCCAUCAUCAAGGAGGUGGGGGUUCCUAAAAGACCUCCUGAGGGGAGGCCCGAUGAAGGCUGGGCUCUGUCAGAGAGAGUUCCACCUCCUCGCUCCUCCUCCCCUGUCAUUGGCUCUCCUCCAGUGAGGGCGGUGCCUAUUGGGACUCCGCCCAAACAGCCAAUGAGCCACGCCCUGAACCAUCAGAUCCACCACCCCACAGCGGUCCACAUCAGAGCCCCGGUCCAGCACCGGUACCCCGCUCCGUUCCCGGAGCGUCUGUCUCCUAAUGGCCUCCUGAACCUGACUAACUCCCCGCUGUGUCGUGGCCCGUUUCCUCCCAGAGUGGGCCCAGUUCUGUCUCAGAUCCAGAGAGCCCAGCUGCUCAACUCCCAGGUGGGCGGGUUUCCCCGCGGUGGCCCCGCCCCUCCUAUGUUACCUGGUGGGGGUUUCAGGCCGUUCUUCGGAGGUCCACCUCUGGCCCACGGACACAGGAUGGGCCCACCUCUGGCCCACGGACCCCCCAUCCGUCACAACACCACACACCUGCACCCACAGCACCGCCGCAUGCUCAGCCAGCGCCUGCAGAGCCGAGGCGGGGACCGCAGCAGGACGGRUCUGGACCGGCGCAGCAGGGACCCCUACAGUAACCUGAUGUCUCAGAAGGAGAAGGAGUGGGUCACCAAGAUCCAGAUGAUGCAGCUGCAGAGYACUGACCCGUACCUGGACGACUACUACUACCAGAACUACUAUGAAAAGAUGGAGAAGCGUCAGGAGAAGGAGCAGGACAGCAGCAGGAAGAAGGAACACACCACCAAGCUCAUCACACCACAGGUGGCCAAGGUGGAGCACACCUACAGGCCCGUUCAGUUCGCCGGCUCUCUGGGGAAGCUGACGGUGUCGAGUGUCAACAACCCGAGGAAGAUGAUCGAUGCCGUGGUGACGACCCGAUCCGAUGACGAGGAGAAACGAGAGAAGCAGGUCUGGAACAAGAGGAGGCAGGUUCUGUACACAGUGGAGAAGAUGUACAGCCUGCUCCUGGAGGUCCAGGACUUCGAGAAGCGCUUCCUUCAGACCCCAGAGGAGGAACGGGAGGUUCUGUUGGAGCAGCACAGAACCAACACGGAGCAGCUGUGCAGCUCACUGAGGGAGGAGUGGGACGACAGAGUCAGCGAUGAGCUGUGUGUGAUGAUCAUGUCGGUGAGGAAGGGCAAGCGGCUCAUCUCCAGGCUCCUCCCCUUCCUGCCUUCAACACAAGCCGCCGCUGUCGUCAUGGCGAUCGCUCGCAACCUCCCAGCAUUGGCCAAGAAAGACAAGCAGGAGCAGGUGUUGUGCUGGUUGGUGGAACCGGUUUCUGCUGUSGUUCAGUCGCUGUCAAGCUCCGCCCUCACAGACCUGCUGCAGGAGYUGCAGGGUGGUGAGGGCCAGCUGACCGCCGUUCUGCAGAACAAGUUUGCCGUAACGCUGCUCUACCUGAUCCUGGGCGAGGGAGAGAGGAUGCAGAGCUCCGACCCAAACUGUCAGCUGAUGGACGACAACCGAUGGACGGAGCUGGUCUUCUCGGUGACGAGGGAGCUGCUUGCCGUCCCGUCCUCGUCCUUGUCCCCGCCCCUCUUCUCCCCCCCCAACCUGCUGUCCCUGUUCUCGCGCUACGUUGACCGGCAGAGACUGGAGCUGCUGGAGGACAAGCUACAGAUCUCUGCUUCAUCCAGGUAGAAGUUACUACAACAAGAACACGACUUCCCCCCACUCCAUGCAGAACCCUCGUGUGUGUUUGUGUGUCGGUCAGUGUGUCUGUGUGUGUGAGUUUGUGUGAUUGUUGGUCAGUGUGAGUUUGUGUGAUUGUUGGUCAGUGUGAGUUUGUGUG